AUGGAAGGACAUGCCAAUGAUAUCAAGGCUGCAAUCGACGAGUUACAAAACAGACGACGAUCAAUAGGUAAACAGUUUGGUCGACCUAAAUCCCCGUUACCAGGCAAUACCAAAACAGAGUGGGAGAGACCGACAUGGUACUCACCUGUUCGUGGUGAUCAAAGCAAAUCAAGGAUUCCAGUAUAUUUAUUUGGUGAUGCAAAAGAUGUUGAUGACUGUGUGAGCCCUGGAGAACCAGAAGAUGAUCGAAGCAAAGGAGACGCACCAGUAGCUGCUAAAAUUGACGAAUAUGGUUUUUAUAAUGACAGCGAAAACUGGAUAAACAUUUAUACUAGUGAAUCAUAUCAAAAGCAUCCGCUUAAAGAGUCAGAAAUUUAA